AUGGAGCUGUACGUCCAUCUCCCGCCCACAAAUGUCCCCACAAUCCGCCCGGCUUUUCGCCCAGCCCCCGCCGUCCCCAAAGUCGCAGAAGCCACAAUCCCGAGUCAGUUCCAGGCUCCCGAGGGCACCUAUUGCCUCGCUCCCCCGCUCUCCAUUUUUCCCGCCAUCGGCAGCCCUGCCCCUGUUGAUGUCGAUAGGAGCACACCCAAUUCUGCCGUGUUCAUGAUGAGCCCAGGCGCGCCCAUUCCCUCCCCGCAGGGUCCGGCGAUUAUGUCGACUGCGACAAGUGCGGGGUCGUACCAGGUCAACGGUCGUUGGGAGCCCGCACAUCCGGUCAAAAUGAACUGGGUUGGUGUCUGGUUUCCUUCGCGCGCUGGAGGCAGCUUUGGGGGUCUGCUGGGGAAAGGAGCAAAGGGCGAUGGGAGCGCGCCGCAAGGGAACAUCGCGCUUGAAGGCCAGUAUCCCAACGCGUCGAACGGCUCGUCGUCGUCUAGUUCGUCAUCGCCCCAAUCAUCGGAGCCUCAAUCUGUACCAUUUGCCAUGUCGCCUCCCACAGCACAAUCCAAGUGGCAUUUUGGAAAGCCCACAAACGCUGCUCUUCGCCCAAAGACGAGUCUGAGAGGCACUUCUAAUCUCAUUGACCGGGUCAUCACCGUUGAUAAUCUUCAGCGAAUCUUGUCAGAGAAGGGACGGUUCGGGGGCGAAACUGUGAGGUGGGGCACCUGGAAUAUGGGACGGCAGUGGGCUUGGGGCGAGCAGGGCGGGAAAAUCAGAGAGCCAUUCGCAAAGAUCUACUUUCGGCAUGCUGUCACGAGCCACGCCAUCAUUCACCAAACUGCAAAUGUCGACCGUCUGGACUGCAUCGUCGGUCUCGAAUCGGGCGACCUGAUAUGGGUGGAUCCCAUUCUCGGCAGGUAUACGCGAUUAAACAAGAACGGCAUCUUGAAUAACAAUCGAGUGGAUGCCAUCUACCCAGACCCACGCCAACCAACCCACUUCCUUGCCGUGUUCGCCGACUCUACGAUCCUUCGGUUCAACACUGGUCUCGAAGACCCCAUCAACGCCUCUACUUCCGUUCUACCCACCAAACCUUGGUCUCUCUUUUUCGAAAGGGAAUGGGCGCGCCGUGCUCGAGGGCAAAGCGCGGAAGGGAGUAGUACAAAGUUGGGAGGAAGUGUAGGGGACUCAGGGCUGGACGGGAGCGUGGCUGGACUGAGCGCGAGCGUAGGGGCAAAGGAGGAGGCUGAUGAUGAGCUGCUCAAGUGGAAGAAUGAAGACUGGACUGUAGGGGUGGAAAGGGAAAAGGGAAAGGACAAGGGCCCGGUGUCGUUUGCGGGGAAGAACCCAGUGGCUGCGAUCAGAGUGGGAAGAGACAAGAUCAAUGCAAUGGCAUAUUCGCCGGAUGCAAAGCUACUGGCUGUCGCAUCCGAGGAUGGCAACUUGAGAAUAAUAGAUAUAGCAGAGGAGCACAUCACCGACACGUAUGCUAGCUACUACGGAGCCUUUACUUGUCUCGCCUGGUCUCCCAACUCUCGCCUCCUUGCGGCCGGCGGUCAAGACGAUCUCAUCACUUUGCUCUCCCCCAACGACGGCCGUAUCAUCGCACGCUGCCAAGGACACACUUCAUAUAUCAGAUCGAUAGCUUUCGACCAGCAGAUGAAGGGCGAAGCGAGGGCUUAUCGAUUCACGAGUGUCGGUGAGGAUGGAAAGUUGAUUUUUUGGGACUUUUCACCCGCCGCGGUACACAAACGUCACCAUCAUCUCCCCACCUCUGCUUCUGGCCAUAUCGCUCCCGCCAGUUCUGCUACGGUCAACCACCCUCCAGGUAGCAUGUCGAACCUGUUCCAGAACCCUUCUGGUACCUACCACCCCGCUCUCCCGCGUAGCGAAGUCCCUGUACUCCAGCCGGUCAUGUCGAGAUUGGUGGACUUUACGAUCGUGACGGGGGUGCAUUGUCUGCCGGAUUGUGUAGUGACAGUAUCGAGGUAUGGGAGGGCAAAGUUCUGGAUGAGGCCCGGGAAGCAGGUUGGACAGAAUGGGCAGGGGAAAGAAACAGGGACGAUCACCCCGGGCAUGAGCGGGAGUAUGAUCAAGGGAUGA